AUGGCGCCCGGAUGGAGCAGCUCCUCCGGCCGGAUGGAUCAACUGCUUUUGCGAAUAGCGCCACGUACGAUGACUGGCGAUUGGUUGGUCGUUCCGCAACUCCGACUCGAAAAUCGAAUGCGCUUGAUAUUGGUUAUUGGACGGCGACGGCUGAAUGCUGCUGGCCAGUUGCUAGCAUCGUACGCUGGGGCACCACUUGGACUCCGGAUCACCGUAGAGAUUCCCGAUUCCCGAUUGCGAUUACGAUUCGAAGCGCAGCGAUGGUACCUUCAAUUUGCCGUGCUUGCCUGGAGACUUCCGAAAAAAUGGUCGAUAUUUUUGAUUUCCGUAUGCACCGGCUUUACGGUUGAAAGAGGGGAUCAAUACCCAAACUCCGUCUGUCCUUCCUGCCUGCAGAAUGCGAAGAAUGCAUUCCAAAUAAAGCAAACUUAUGAAAGAAGCUAUCAGUUCUUCUGUCAGUUAAAGAAGGAUUCAGAAAUAAAGAUCGGUGAGAAAGAAAACGUUGUACCGGACGAUGAGAAUCACGUUGAAAAUGAUUUACAAUCAGAUGAUUAUGGUGAUAAUGACGAUGAUGAAAAUUAUGAGCCUAGUUUUGAUGACAGUGCCGACAGUGGCAGCGAUUAUAAAUGCUCUCAGUGUCCAAAGACUUUUGUAUCGAAAUCAAAACUUCAAUUAUAUUUAAGAACGCACAUAGAUGAAGGACCGUUAAAGUGUUCCCUUUGCUCAAAAGCUUUCCACCGAAUUUCAUAUUUUCAGAAACACUUGAAAUACCAUGGGGAACUGCCGUUCAAGUGUUCCCACUGCCCAAAGACCUUUGUCGAUAAUGGAGCUCUUCUGAAACACUUACGAAUUACCACAGGAAAGCGGCCGUUCAAAUGCUUCUACUGCUCGAAAAAAUAUAUUCAAAAUUCAAGUCUGCUGCUACACCUAAGAACUCACACAGGAGAACGACCGUUUAAGUGUACCCACUGUCCAAAAUCAUUUGCACUGGAACAAAGUCGAAAAAAACACUUGCGAAUGCACACUGGAGAAAGGCCUUUUAAAUGCAGCUACUGUUCAUCUUUUACACAGAAACAACAUCUAGAAAAGCACUUGCGGAUCCACACAAGGAAAAGACCGUUUAAGUGUUCCCACUGCCCAAAGACGUUCGCACUGCAUCGAGAAUUUAACGAACAUAAACUAAUUCAUAAAGGAGAACGAAGGUUUAGGUGUACCCAAUGCCCAAAGACUUUUACAAGAAAUGUACUUUUAGAGAUACACUUACGAUCCCACACAGGAGAAAGACCCUUCAAGUGUUCCCACUGCUCAAAGACUUUUAAAGCGGCGUCAGUUCUUCGCGAACACUUGCUUGUCCAUAGUACGGAGCGACCAUUCAAUUGUUCUCAAUGCUCCAGGACUUUCAAACUAAGGUCAGUUCUUCGAACACAUAUGAAGCUACACUCUGGAGUACGACCAUUUAUGUGUACCUUCUGCCCAAAAACCUAUAUUUCAAAUGCAACUCUUCAGUUUCAUUUGCGAACCCACACUGGAGAACGACCAUUCAAGUGUACCCUCUACCCGAAGGCUUUUAUCCAGAAUUCAAAUCUGCAGAGUCACUUGCAGAUUCACUCAGAAGAACGACCAUUAAAGUGUUCCCACUGCUCCAUGGCAUUUAAGGCGAAAAAUGUUCUUAACGUUCACCUGAAAACUCACGCAGGAGAUCGACCGUUCAAGUGUACCAUGUGCCCAAAGACUUUUAAUUUGAGUUUAGGACUUCAAGAUCAUUUGCGUACUCAUACAGGAGAUCGACCUUUUAAGUGUACACACUGUUCAAAGUCUUAUAACACCAAUUCAAUUCUUAAGAGACAUUUGCGGAUACACAGGGAAAAACGAUUCGACUGUAGUCACUGCUUAAAGUAUUUCAAAGUUAAAUCAUCGCUUGAACGACACUUGCGAACUCACAAAUCUUAAAUCAAACAUGCACAUCUCACAUCUUUUUAGACCCAUAAGACGCUAGUUAUUGUUUUUCUUACCCAUGUUUAAAUUGCCAUAGUAUUUAAAACAAUUUAUAAGCAUUAUUUACUUGCUGCUUAAAAUGUCGAAAGUUUAAUUGUCUCUUAUUGAAAGCUUAUUUAAAAUGGCUGAUUUCUAGGUCUGACUCA